GACCGAAAAUAAGGGUCGUCCACACCUUUGUGUGACUGCGGCAUCCCGCGGGAAAUGAAUCCGGCUCUUAACGCGUUACUUUAUAUAAGUUCAACCUCAAACAUUAUAUAUUUCUCCUCAUCCUCCGAUUACAAGGUCUUUCAGACUCUUUCAGACUACUAUUCCAAGGCUACCUUUGCCCUUUGUCUUCAUAUUCGUUUCUUUAUAUUCCUUAGAGGCUUCACUUAUUAGACUAGCCCUCCUUUUCACAAUGACAACACGCCAACCUUCCAACUCUCGCGCCGACAAGCUUGUCGCUCUCCCAAGCUUGUCAUGCGGUCUCUCUUCAUUACCUCAAGCCAAAAGCAUGGACAGCGUGUCACUACAUCCAAACAUGUACGCGCAGCGGGCAGCUGAAAGCGAAGCCAAGCUAAAAAACGUUCUGUCCAAGACUGCCGCAUCACACCCACAAGCUCCUCCUCCCGUCCCUGCCUACAUGAACCCACCUCAUCAUAACUCAAAUUCGCCCAAUUCAUCUCCGCCCUUGAUGAUGCGGAAAUCUAAACCAAAAUUCGCGGCCUAAGUGGCCUACCUAGACUUGCUUCCUUUUAUAUCUUCCUCUGCUGGGAACUAUCGUAGAUCUUGCAUUACCACCAUAAAGCGGCACACCUUCUCAUCGACCAUCCUCAUUCGAGUCACGUUAUUGCAUCGCAUAUAGACACAUCGCAUACCUAUAUUCAUACCAGGGCAUUUGUUUCAUCACCCGUGGUUUUUUGUUGCUUUUGUUUUGUCCCACCCGGCCCAGCGCUUCAGGUGAAGAUUGGAUUUUUAAUACGGGUAGCGAGCUUAUACUUAGCCCGGGAGGUCCUUUACUCUGCUACGCGUCUAGUCAUCAUAAUUUAAUGGAUAUUAGGAUUGUUGGGCAACUGA